UAAAAGAGGCAUGCAGGGGCGCAAAACAUUACUCAUUUAAGAUUUGCUAUUUGAAUACAGAAUAUCAUCUUUCGAAAGGAAUAGGCCGUGUGGAAAAGAAAAUAUUUCAUCUGGAGUUUAAGAUGUAAAACAAAUAGACAAUCUAAAACAAAUAGACAAUCUGGAGCUUCCGUCGGUCCGCGUGUCAAAAUGAUGUCAAUGUAUCGUCAAAUGGAAUAUUUGUGUUUGAUUUAUUUGAAAUCGUAAACGUUGGAUAUAGCCUCGGUUGGUUAUUUCGCAAGACUGGUGUGCCAUAUAUUCUAAAGUUGACCAACGGACUGGACAGCAAAAGGAGCCGCAUCUAUACCGAGACCAUCAGAAUACAUUUUCUGCGCUAACGCAGAGGAGAUGGGCAGGAGAGGCGGCGAGCACUGCUGUCGGCUUGCGGGAGAAGAGAAGAGCCGUUUGGGUUUGCAUGCAUUUGGAUUCUAAGGUCCCCCUUCAGAAUAACGUCCUCUUCGCCGCUGACAGCUUGACGGUUGGUCUAUCUAUCUGCCGUGGCGGACCGGACUAAAGGCAAAGGGAAGGGAGGAAAAAAAGAGCGAGCCAUCACUUCUCCGGUUUGAUCGAUCGGCCGGAAGCAGAACGGGCUUGGGGACCAGUUUGAGUGUGCGUGAGGAAACCGAUAUAGCCUCUGGGGCAUUAUUUUUCAACAGCAGGAGGCUAGGAGGCUACAGCACGUUUGACUGAGGAGGAGGAAGGAGGAGGAGGUACAAACAAUAUAAACAUUUACAGCUGACCAAAUAGAUACCUCGGACUCAAGAAGGGUCGAUAAGAAAAGAGGCAUUACGCAGUGUCGACCAAAAACACUUCAGGAUACAAAUACAGGUGUUGUGAGGUACCAGCCACAGCCCAGUGCUGGAUCCCAGAGGGCCAUUCAGUGUGGUAAGGACCCCCAGGACCCCCGAGGGUGGAUGGAUCGCUUCAGGCCGAGGCUGACGAGGCCGGGGCCGGAGAUCAGGACGGGGUCGUCGUCCUCCUCCUCCUACCAAGCCUGCCUCUGGUUGGGCCUGCUCUCCGUGGCCGCAGCCUUCAAGUGCGCAGAGGGUGCCCGCACCACCCCCAGCCCCGCCACCACAGACUCCCACAAUGCCACCUGCUCCGAGGGCGCGUCCAGGUGCAAGCCAGGAAUCGUCCUGCCCAUCUGGUACCCUGAGGACCCCUCCAUGGGGGAUAAGAUGGCCAGAGUCAUCGUCUACUUCGUAGCUAUGAUCUACAUGUUCUUGGGAGUGUCCAUCAUAGCAGACCGCUUCAUGGCGGCCAUUGAGGUCAUCACCUCCCAGGAGAAGGAGAUUAUUAUUAAGAGAGCCAACGGAGAGACCACCACCGCUACCAUUAGAAUCUGGAACGAGACAGUCUCCAACCUGACCCUCAUGGCCCUGGGUUCUAGUACCCCUGAGAUCCUGCUGUCUGUCAUCGAAGUCUGCGGACACGACUUCGUAGCUGGCGAGCUGGGGCCGUCUACGAUCGUCGGCAGCGCUGCCUUCAACAUGUUCGUGAUCAUCGGCCUCUGUGUGUCUGUGAUCCCCGAGGGAGAGACGAGGAAGGUGAAACAUCUCAGAGUGUUCUUUGUGACGGCGGCUUGGAGUAUCUUUGCCUACAUAUGGCUCUACAUGAUCCUGGCGGUGUUCAGUCCCAACGUGGUCCAGAUAUGGGAGGGGCUGCUAACCCUGGCCUUCUUCCCCAUCUGUGUCAUCCUGGCCUGGGUAGCCGAUCGACGACUCCUCUUCUACAAGUUCAUGCACAAGAAGUACCGCGCCGACAACCACCGCGGCGUCAUCAUCGAGACCGAGCACGAACGCUCCAAGGGCAUCGAGAUGAUGGAUGGUGGCGGCAAGAUGGUCAACUCGCACUUCGCCCACGAUGGAGGCGCCGCCAAUAACCUCAUCAGCCUGAUCGAGGGAAAAGAAGUGGACGAGUCUCGGCGGGAUAUGAUCCGGAUCCUGAAGGACCUGAAACAGAAACACCCAGAGAAGGAGAUGGACCAGCUGGUAGAGAUGGCUAACUACUAUGCCUUGUCCCACCAGCAGAAGAGCAGAGCCUUCUACCGCAUCCAGGCCACGCGCAUGAUGACGGGUGCCGGGAACAUCCUGAAGAAGCACGUGGCAGAGCAGACCAAGAGGAGCGCCAGCGUACAAGAAGUGUGUGUGGUGGGGGAGGACGUCGAGGAGUACGUGUCACGGAUGGCCUUCGAACCCGCCGUGUACCAGUGCCUGGAGAACUGCGGCGCCGUCUUGCUGGCCAUCUCCAGGAAGGGCGGCGACAUGGCCAAUACCAUUUACGUGGAUUACAAGACGGAGGACGGCUCAGCCAACGCCGGCGCAGACUACGAGUUCACCGAGGGAACCGUAGUGUUCAAGCCCGGCGAGAUCUUCAAGGAGAUCAGCAUCGGAAUCAUCGACGACGACAUCUUCGAGGAGGACGAGCACUUCUUCGUGCGUCUCAGCAACGUGCGCGUCCUGGAGUCAGACGAGGACGAGACGCUACUGUCCCCCAACUCUCUCCCAUACCCUAAAGCCCUGCUGGGGUUCCCGUCCGUCGCCACAGUUACCAUCCUGGACGACGACCACGCCGGGAUAUUCACCUUCGAGAGCAACACCUGUCAGGUGAGCGAGAGCGUGGGCGUGAUGGAGGUGAAGGUGCUGAGGACUUCGGGGGCGAGGGGGACAGUCAUUGUGCCCUAUCGUACCAUGGAGGGGAUCGCCAAGGGAGGAGGGGAGGACUUUGAGGACACCUACGGAGAACUGGAGUUCAGGAACGACGAGACCUGCAAAACAUUUCAUGUGAAAGUGAUAGAUGAUGAGGAGUAUGAGAAAAACAAGAACUUCUUCCUGGAGCUGGCCGAGCCUCGCAUGGUAGACAUGAGCCUGCAGAAAGCACUGUUACUGGCUGAAGAUGUCCCUAAGUUCUCGUCAGAGGAAGAGGAAGCUAAGCGGAUUGCAGAGAUGGGGAAGCCAGUGCUGGGGGAACACUCCAAACUGGAGGUUAUCAUCGAGGAGUCCUACGAGUUCAAGAACACAGUGGACAAGCUGAUCAAGAAGACCAACCUGGCUCUGGUGGUGGGCACCAACUCCUGGAGACAACAGUUCAUGGAGGCCAUCACAGUCAGUGCAGGAGACGAGGAUGAGGAAGACACUGGUGAAGAGCGUCUCCCGUCAUGUUUCGACUACGUCAUGCACUUCCUCACCGUCUUCUGGAAGGUGCUGUUCGCCUGUGUUCCUCCCACGGACUACCUGAACGGCUGGGCCUGCUUCUUCAUCUCCAUCGUCAUCAUCGGCAUGCUGACCGCAGUGAUAGGAGAUCUGGCCUCUCACUUUGGCUGCACCAUCGGCCUGAAGGACUCUGUUACUGCCGUGGUGUUUGUGGCGCUGGGUACAUCUGUUCCUGACACAUUUGCCAGUAAGGUAGCGGCGGUGCAGGACACAUAUGCAGACGCCUCCAUCGGUAACGUGACGGGCAGCAACGCGGUCAACGUGUUCCUGGGCAUCGGGGUGGCGUGGUCGAUAGCCGCCAUCUACUGGCACAUGCAGGGCAAGCAGUUUGUGGUGGAGGCUGGCUCCCUGGCCUUCUCCGUCACCCUCUACACCAUCUUCGCCUUCCUGGGGAUCUCCGUGCUGCUGUACCGCCGCCGGGCCCACAUCGGGGGGGAGCUGGGCGGGCCACGCGGCCACAGACUGGCCACCUCAGCCUUCUUCUUCAGUCUCUGGUUCCUCUACAUCUUCUUCUCCAGCAUGGAGGCCUACUGUCAUAUAGAGGGCUUCUAGAACACCUCUGAAACACUUCUGGAACACUUCUAGAACCCUUCUGAAAGGCUUCUGGAGCAUUCUAGAGCCUCCUUUCAGGCUCCUUCCAGGAGGUUCAAAGUAGAACUUUAGGAAGUAAAAGUGGGAAUGAUGUGGAAUGAUGGAAUGAUGGUGUGUCGGUAUAAAGGAAUGAGAAGAGGAGAAUAAUAGGAAGUGAAGGGGGUUUGUGGUGGUAAUAACCCUCUCUCCUCCACCCUCCCCUCAACCCCUCUCUAAGGACCCCCAGACGUGGUCAGUCUAUCUAUCUUUGUAAAGGCAUUGAGAGCCGGUCUGUUACCCACGUAGGAGUGCUUACAGCUGGGAUUGAGGAACCGUCGUACUGGGGUGAGAGCACCAGGAGUGGGUCUCAUCUGGUCUGGUCUCAUCUGGUCUGGUCUGGUUUGGUUUGGUCUCAUCUGGUCUGGUCUCAUCUGGUCUGGUCUGGUCUCAUCUGGUCUGGUCUGGUCUGGUCUCAUCUGGUCUGGUCUGGUCUCAUCUGGUCUGGUCUGGUCUCAUCUGGUCUGGUCUCAUCUGGUCUGGUCUGGUCUGGUCUCAUCUGGUCUGGUUUGUAUUCCACUAGAAGAGACAACAACUGGUCUUAAAGCUGGAGAGAUCUGAGCUACCAUUAGAAGUCUAUAUUUUUCUCAACACCUUGAUGAGAACAACUUUUUUUUAAACAACAACAAAAAAGACAACAAAAAAAAGACAAAUCAAAGAUGCUAUUUUCUGAUCUUACAUUAUGGAGAACAAAAAAAAUGAUGAUAUCGUUAAUGGAAAAUAUGUUGUUGAUGAUGAAUGGACUCACAGGACUUUAGUUUCUUAUUUUUAAAGAACGAACGCAGCGGCAGAGUUCUCAGAGGCAAAGAGGAGGAACAACGGAGAAAAACGAAGUAACGACAGAUCAAAAACGACGUAACAAAACGAAGUAACGACAGAUCAAAAACGAAGUAUCAAAACGAAGUAACGACAGAUCGACUAUCAAACUAAAGACGGGAGGAUAAGAACAAGAAGGAGAGAAAAACAAGGAUUAUGAAACUGCCUUGAACAUUGCUUCACUACUCUCUCUCUCUCUAUAUAUAUAUAUAUAUAAUAUAGAGACAUAUUUUCUGUAUAUUUUGAAUAUUUUUUUUCAAUGUUGUCCCAUUCGGCUUCUUCAGUCCUACAGAGGACCGCUGUGGUUUGGUUUGGUUUGGGGGUGUCGUAUCCUGGGAAAAGGAUACCUACGUCUCAAAUGGCACCCUGCAGAGAGAAAUACUUUUUCCCAUAAAGCUCUGGUGCACUACAUAGGGAAUAGGGCCCUGGUCAACAGUAGUGCACUACAUAGGGAAUAGGGCUCUGGUCAACAGUAGUGCACUACAUAGGGAAUAGGGCCCUGGUCAACAGUAGUGCACUACAUAGGGAAUAGGGCCCUGGUCAACAGUAGUGCACUACAUAGGGAAUAGGGCUCUGGUC